ACGAGCGUUCCUGUCCGCUGACUCAAACGCGUGUGGGUUUAAUGGCAGUGUUAGUGUUAUUCAGAGGAUUAGAUUAAAUGAAUCGCUUUGUCAGGACCACACCGUGUUUCUCAUGAACUUUACACACUUAGGGACAUACGGGGACAGUUUGGCAGGUAGCUGGAGCUGUUUACGGCAUGUGGAAUUGAAAGACGAAGCCUGAAUACAGGAGAUCAAUCCGAACUGAGUACAGUAGUGAAGAACCAUGGCUGCUGCUGCUGCUGCUCUUCCUUCCAUUCACUUUCACCUCGUCUGUUUACUCCUGAUACUCACUGACUGCACUGCAUUUUUAUCAUCCCAAGUCUCCCAGUUCUCCUCCUAUGAAGUGAGCAUACCGAAACGCAUCAGCAGACAAAGGAGGGAUCAGAAUGGAUCAGCCUCUGAAAAGGUGUCCUAUGUUAUUCCUGCUCUGGGAAGAGAACAUGUCGUCGUCCUGGAGAGGAACAAAUUGCUCCUGCCAGACGACUUCACUGUGUACUCCUACGCCAAGAACGGCUCACUGGUCACAGAAAGACCAAAUAUGAAGGAUCACUGUCAUUACCGUGGUUAUGUGAAGGAUGUGGAGGGUUCUUCAGCUGCUUUGAGCCUUUGCUCUGGAUUACGAGGUGUGAUUUACAUGGAGAACACCAGUUUUGGGAUCGAGCCAAUGCAGGGCUCGCCAGCCAAUGAGCAUCUCGUUUACCGUCUGGAGGACGUCAAAACUGAGCCUGUUACCUGUGGGACGCCACACUCUGAUCACGGUCUCAAGGAAGCCAGCAAAAGUCACCACAUCUCACACAGUCAACCUGUCAGCCAUCAGAGCAGGAAAAAGCGAGCUGUGCUGCCUCAGACGCACUACGUGGAGCUGCUGGUGGUGGUAGAUAACGAGAGAUUUAACUUCAGUAAGCACAACCAGACAGCCGUGAGAGAGGAGAUGGUGCAGCUCGCCAACCUGGUGGACAGUAUGUAUGUCGCCUUGAAUAUUCGGGUGGUGUUGGUGGGGUUGGAGAUCUGGUCCUUGGUGAAUCCCAUCAGUAUAGAGGGCAGUGCGGGUGAAGUGCUUAAUCGCUUCACUCAGUGGAGGGAGAAAGAACUCGUGCCGCGUCGACGCCAUGACAGUGCCCAGCUCGUCCUAAAGAAGGGAUUCGGGAGUACUGCCGGCAUGGCGUUUGUGGGUACGGCCUGUUCCAGAAGACACGGCGGUGGGAUCAAUUCGUUUCCUCACAAAAAUGUGGUGUCGUUUUCCUCCAUCGUGGCUCAUGAGUUGGGCCAUAAUCUGGGCAUGAACCAUGACGACGAGGGGCGAACCUGCAAGUGUGAUGUUGAAGCCUGCAUCAUGAGCUCAGGGGCGACUGGUUCGAGGAACUUCAGCAGCUGCAGUGCUGAUGAUUUCGAGCGGAUGAUUCUGAACACUGGCGGGAGCUGUCUCCUCAACGUGCCGCGAGCCGACGAGGCCUAUAGCGCCCCGUACUGCGGCAACAAGCUGGUGGACGUUGGAGAGGAGUGCGACUGUGGCUCUGAGGAGGAGUGUAAGAAGGACCCGUGCUGUGAGCCCAAAACGUGUAAACUCAGAUCAGGAGCUCAGUGUGCAUACGGAGUCUGCUGCAAGCACUGCAAGUUCCUGGCCGCCGGCUCUGUGUGUAGGAGCAGUACAGAUGAGUGUGAUCUCCCAGAGUACUGUAACGGAUCAUCUUCUCUGUGCCAGCCCGACGUGUUUAAACAGAACGGCCACCCGUGCAGGCGGGGGGCAGCUUACUGCUACAAUGGAAUGUGCCAGCACUAUGACGGCCAGUGCCAAGCCCUGUUCGGUUCCAAGGCGAAAGCUGCUCCCGAGGCUUGUUUUAAGGAUGUAAACUCUAAAGGUGAUCGCUUUGGAAACUGUGGCUACCAGAAUUACAAUCUGAAGAGAUGUGAGAGCAGGAACGCCAUGUGUGGCAAGCUGCAGUGUGAGAACGUCCAGAACACCAUUGUGUUCAGCAUCAAACCCUCCAUCAUCCAGACUCCGAUCGGAAACAGCACCUGCUGGGGAGUGGACUUCCGUCUGGGUUCUGACGUACCUGAUCCUGGCAUGGUCAACGAGGGCACCAAAUGCGGAGAGAACAAGGUGUGCAUGAACUACGAGUGUAAAAGUGCAGAUGUGCUAAAAUACGACUGCAAUGUAACAGAAAAAUGCCACGGCCAUGGGGUGUGUAACAGCAAUAAGAACUGCCACUGUGACGAUAAGUGGGCACCACCCAGUUGUGAAUUCGGAGGCUACGGUGGCAGCAUAGACAGCGGACCCACAUGGAACGAUAAAGAUACAUCGUUGAGAGACGGGCUGCUGGUUUUCUUUUUUCUGGUUCUACCUCUCCUUGUUUUGGGUCUCUUCGUCUUCUUCCAGAGGAACAAGCUCCGUCAGCUCUUCUUCAGGCGGAAACGCUCUCAGGGUUACGAAGCGGAUAGCAGGUCACAGACCAAUAACGUCAGGGCUCCUGGAAACCAGAGAGGAAAUCCCAGCAGGAUUAUGAAAGAUGGACAUGAGGCUCAGUUAUUACCACCUGAGGAGGUGAUUCACACGAGCAACACUUCGUCGGUCCGAACGUACGCCAGCAGGCCUCCGCCCCCCGCGUUUGCACGACCUCCGCCUCCUCCUCCUGGUCAGCUCCUGCCUCAGAGACCAGCUCCCCCUCCUCCUCCUCCUGUAUAACACACACCACACACCCAGGACAGGUGUGUGCAUGUGUGUGUGUGCAUGCAGCAAUCCAGGUGGGGUGUGUGAACUGACUAUAACAGCAGGAGGGUGUUAAGCUGGAAUCAGCUGUUUGUAUCACUCUCUGUCCCCCAGUGACUCCUCCACCAAAGCUUCGGACCAGUUGCCACCUGUCAAUCAAGCAGCAGCUACGCAAAAGAACCUGAAUGCUCCCUGCUCCAUCCAUAGUGCACUGGGUGUGGCAUGGAAUAAUGACUUUAAUGCAUUAUUUAGUGCACUACAGAUCACAUACUGUACAGAGGAUGCUGAGAUUCACCCCUGGCUUCUGCAUCGAGAGAAACCUCGUUCUGCAAUAAUACACAGCAAGAAAGGUACGACCUGAAGAACGUUCGCCCACCAGACCUGCUCUCUGUCUCCAAAACAGUGUCUAAAGCAGAGAGUAAAAUCCCUUUAUUGUAUUAUUACGGUUAUUAUUGGAUGUAAAAUACCACUGCAGAUUGAGCGCACUUUCAAAUAUUCCACAAGUAAAAGGGUGCAGAGGAACUUUGCUUUUUAUAGCAUGUAUAGAUGAAACUAUACAUGAACAGGAAUGUCAUGCCAAUCUUGGGUUUGCAAUGAUUUCUGUAACUGCUUUUGCUGUGAAAAUCGACUGGGUCAAAGGUAUACGUAUAUCAACUUAUAGAUUAUGCAUUUGGCACAGUAGAAGGUUAUAUAACAUCAUUCUUUGCCCAUGAACUCUUUGGCAUGGUGUGCUCAUGGUCUAAUGUGCUAGCACACCUUUGCGGAGCAUUCAAACUCACAAGUUCGAAUCUCAGCAGAGCCACCGACCUUACCGAGCCUCCACGCAAACACAAUCGGACGUGGGGAUUUUCCUGCUGCCAGUGUGAUAUGCGAUCUCCGGGGUUGGUCUCCGGAGCAUAUUGUCUCUCAGCAUGCGAUACGUCUCUCUGUGGGAACCCAACACUGGCAGGUAAUGAGAACUGCCAGAUUGGACACGUAUCAGAGGGGGCGUGUGGAGAUCUGCUCUCCUUGAUGAGAUCUGGGUUUGCGUAAGCGGCAGCGGAUUCACAAAUGGGAAUUGCAAAUGACUAAAAUGGGGUAUAAAGGGGGAAAAUUUACAUUUACAGCAUUUAGCAGACACUUCUAUCAAAAGUGACUUACAGUACUGUGACAGUAUACUGUCUAAGCAAUUGAGGGUUAAGCGCCUUGCUUAAGGGCCCAACAGUGGCAACUUGGCAGUGGUGGGGCUUGAACCAGCAACCUUUCGAUUACUAGUCCAGUACCUUACCCGCCAGGCUACAACUGCCCUAAUCCAGAGGAUAAAAACUCGGUUGCUUGGCCUCCCAAUUCCUCAUUAGUGGUCUAUAGAAUUAUUACUAUAUAUAGAUAUAGUAAAUAGUAAAUUCUCAUUUUCGUAUAAAUAGCCCAAACUUGCUGGAAGAUUGGUUACAUUGUCCAUUAUCAAGCGAGCUUACAUUGCCAUGGGCUUACAGGCUGACGUGCAGACCAAAAGGCCCUGAACAUUGCUAUGGCUCACAGUAUGAAUGACUGUCCUAUUAAAUACUUGAGUAUUAUUGGUUAAAAGUGGGGAUAUGUCAGUAGCUAAAUGGUUUAAGUGCCUCUGUCUCUACUACUCAAUGAGAAAUUUUUUAAAGUUCAUUUAUUUUAUAUUUUCUGCAGCAAACACAAUUCCUGUGAUAAAGAAAAUAAUGUAAAUCCAGGAUUUGUUUUAAUCAUGUAUAAAUAUUUUACAUAGCACAUCAACUUUAAAGAAAAGCAAUCAGUCAUUUAAUCAGUCCUGUUUUGCAAUGGUUGAUGGUUUCAUUUGGGUUAUUUUAGUGUCUGUUUUUAGGUUCUCUUGGAACAUUAUUACUCCUGUUUAGGUUUUUCAAAGCCACGUUGCUUCUUCAGGUCAAAGUUUAAAACAUGCAAUUUAAACUGACAUCAACUUUUACAGAAAACACUUUUUUUCUGUGUUUUUAGCCUUUUUGCUUAUUGCUGUUCAAAAUUCUAUUCAAAAAGUAAUGAGAUGCACUGCAGUAUCAUCGUACCACUUGUGUUAUUUAGUGUUACAUGUAUUUGUUAUAUUGAACAUUUAUUAUUUAAUUUUCCAAGUUAUUAAAUGUCUAAAUGUUAACGCAUAUGCAAUCAGUUAAAGAUAACUAGCACUCGUUUGAUUAUUUGUACGUCACUUUUAUUAUAAUUGGUUAUAUUGUGGUGUAAAACCUGCAUGCUUUAUGGCCAAAAAUCUUAACACACACUUUUGGCAUAUGGAUUUAGUCAUAUCAUUGCUAAUAAUGAUAAAGCAUUUAGCCAUGCCACCUUCAUGGACUUCAAAAUGACACCAGAUCAAUCAGGUGCCAUUUUUCCAAGUCGGGUUACUAAAUAUCAGCCCUGCUAGAGCUGCCCUGGUCAGUACUGUUAUUGAAACAGCUUCAAACAGCAUUAUCUCAGCUUUGAAGAGAAUGUGGAAGCAGUUUAGGGAAUGUCUUGUGUGUAAAAACGGUCUGACUUGCAGAAAACCCUGACGUAAACAUCAACCAACACUUUUAGGAUUUAUUGACUUGCUGACUGCAAGCCAAGCUUAUUUGCACAACAUUACUUAUGAUCUUGUUGCUACGUGAAGGUGAAUCUCUGCAGUUAAAUAGCAGAAUAUUGUGGAAAACCUUUCCAGAAGACUGGAUACUGUUCUAGUCAUGGCUUUGGAAUGAUGUUUGGGUGUCAGGUGUCCAGAUUCUUUGGCCAUAAAGUGUAUUUAUAUAGUGUAUCGUUUGGGUGUUUCUUUUCCUUUUCAAAUCAGCUACAUCUUAUAUAAAGUGUUGUGAGUCGUCUACAAGGGCUGCUGACAUUGUGCAUGAUAA